AUGAUUUUUAAUUAUGAAGAUGAAGACCCAGAUUACUUUGCAAUGAAAAGAGCAAGAAAAUUACAGCCAAGAGCGAACAAUAAUUCUCAAGGGUCUGUAGAAAGUUUUGAAUCUGUAUCUUAUAUAAAUGCUACAUGGAAUGAUGAUAACUCAGGCAGCUUGACAAACAGAAGACGCGAAUACUACUCAAAUUGCCCAAUUAAAAAUGAAUGAGUAAAGGCUCUUUUCCAAAAAGCCCACACAAAAAUGCGAGGCCUAUUGCUAUUUAAAGCAAUGCUCAGAGAUCUCAGACUAUAUGGCACCGGCUCAAAUUUAUUUGAUGCAUUUAAUUCAUACAAAAAGCAUAUACAAUGUAUAAUAAAAUCAAAAACAUUUACCAGAGAAUCCGACCAUUCAGGCGAAAUUGUAAAGAAACACAGACUUUUUCAUCCUAGCUCGAAAUUUAAACAGUUUUGAAAUAUUUUGUUGUUAUUCUUCUUAAUGUACACAUUUACAGUGAUACCAUGAGAAGUUGCUUUUAUGGAUGAAAAUAUGGUUUAUGUCAAAUGACAGUGGAAUUUUGAUAGUUUGCAUUUCAUCGAAAUACAUUUGGUCGACAUUUAACGUUUUUGGUCAAAUCUCUCACUAUCAAAAAGUUUCAACAAAUUUUCGACAAAAAGUGCUUCGGUGAAAUGCACACUAUCAAAAAUGCACGAUCAUUGGACUGCACCCUGAAAAUAUAGGGGACACAUCGUUUUGGAUAAACACGUCUUGCGAUUUUUUUUUUCUGUGUGAUGUGCUGGUAUACCUAUUUAGUAUAAAUUUAGCAUUUUUUAAAUAUUUUAUUAUUUAAUAAAAAAUUAUUUUAAUUAAAUAUAAAUUUAAAUACUGCCAUUUAUGACUCAAGAGGAAAACUAGUGUAUUCAAGAAUUGAGAUUUUUAAGGAUUAUUUGAAAGGAAUGCUCUUAGUUGACUUAAUUUCGAUCUUUCCUUUUUAUUUACUGUCGUUAGGACCUGGGGCUUCAAGAGCUAAUAGUUUUAUGAGGUUUUUAAGAAUGACGAGGAUGACUAAAAUUGUGAGGGCGAAAAAGCUGGCUUCUAUAAUCAAAAGUUUGACUGGGUCUGAAAAAUUAGAUUAUUUUCUUGAUAACUAUCAAGGAGCAAGAAUUAUGGGGAUUUUUUUUACUGUAAUGAUACUUACCCAUUUUAUAUCUUGUAUCUGGAUAUUUUCAGCUAAAUUGGAUAAUUAUAACCCAAAUACGUGGAUUGUGAAAAACGGGUACAUUGAUUCAUCAGAAAUGAGGAUUUAUUUAGCAAGCUUUUAUUGAGCGAUCACAACAUUAGCAACAGUAGGAUUUGGGGAUAUAAGCUCCCAUACUCAAACUGAAAUGAUUAUUUCUAUAUGCUGGAUGCUAUUCGGUAUCAGCUUUUUUUCAUUUUCUAUGGGGACGUUAGCAAGUGUCCUGUCAAAUCUUGAUGAAAAAAGUGCGAUUAUUAAAUCGAAAUUACAAUUAGUGGAAUUAUUUUCCAAUGAUAUAAAAUUACCUAACUCCCCCCCUUUAGUGAGCUAACAAAAAACUUUUGUUCACUCACACAGGGGGUUAAUUAAAAUUUAUAUAUAAAUUUUAUAAAUUUUUUUUCAAAAUUUAAAAAAAUUCCAAUUCGUAAAAAUUGAGAAGUAAAAUUAAUUUAAUAUACAAAUUUUAUGUGUUAAAUGAAAAUGUUCGAUUUUAAAACAGAAUUAGCUCGAGAUUUCACCAUACUAAUUAUUACUUUAAUAUAAAAAUGUUUUUCAUAAAAAAAUUUUUAUAUUGAAAAAAUUUUUGUUCUCACGAGUAUGGAUUUUUGGGCAAUUUUCGAAUGAUUUUGUUCGCUCACGAGAGUAAAUAUCUGACAAAGCAAGUUAUAAAAAAAGUAAAAGAGCAUUUACGUGAGCUUGUUUUAGAUGACGCUGAAAGGUCAAAAUUAAUAUCAUCCAUCCCAAAAGCAUUACGAUUUGAAAUUGGAAAAGCAUUGUUUGACCACGCAGUUGACAAAAUUGCAUUUUUUAAAAAUAAAGAUGAAGCCUUAAUUGCUGAUAUUGUGCCGAGGUUAAGCAGGGUUACUUUUCAAGAAAGGGAAAUUAUUUAUAAGAAAAAUGACUAUGCAGACAAUAUGUACUUCAUUGUAGAAGGAAAAGUAAGCUACGUCUAUGGAACAAAGCAUUUUAUUUUUAAAAAUAUGAUAGAAGGCUCAUAUUUCGGAGAAAUCGAACUGCUAAGCCAAAAACCUCGUGAUUUUUCAGCAAUGUCAAGGAUAGACUGUGUAUUGCUAGCUAUGAAAAAAAAUAUUUUCGAAAUGAUGCUUGAGCAGCACCCCCAGGUCGCCCAACAGCUAAAAGCAACAGCCGCCGAAAGAAAUAAAAAAAAUCUUCAAGCUAGAAAAGAAAUAAUUGACUUAUUAGAAUUAGUCGAGCUUAAAAAAGAAACCUCAUUAAAGCAGCUUGCAGGGACAAAAAAAAGGGUAAAGCAAAAAGCCUCAGCAAGUGCUGAUUUAUCGACACAGUCAAUGAUUGAUAGCUUCACUGGCAUAGACAUAAAGAAAGAGAUUACUGUAAGAUUUAUUUAGAAUAUGAAUGAAAAUGUUGAAAAUUUAGAAAAUAAGCUGUCAAAAGCAUUAAAACUGUUAGAAAAUAGCCAUAGUAAGACUAGUGGACUCCCACCUCUUCAUCCAAAGCGUAAAUAUAAUUUGUAUUAA